AUGAUGGGAAUAGAGAUUUACCUACAUCUCCAAACGGCAUUAAAAUUGAAAAAUUGUAUUGAUGUGUUCAAAUUGCCAAAACAACUAGCGGUCUGGGAGGGAAUUCGCGAAGAAGAUUUUAGCCCUCUUAAAAACGCCGAUUCUGCUGGUCAAGAUUGUCCAAGCACUGCACGUACGAUAAGAAAUUGCCAAAUUUUAUAUGAAUGUAAUUUGUAUGAUAAAAGUUAUGAAGAAGGAUUUGAUGUGAUUGAAAAUAAUUCUAUAGAAGAUGUGAAGACAGACAUUGAAAAAUUGUGCAAUUUACAGUGUAACAUAGGAAGUGUUGAAUAUGCAAAUCUAAAUAAAAUGUUGGCUGUUUGUUAUUUAAAGAUAAAUAAUGAACUGAAAGCUAUAUGUCACCUAAUCGAGUCGCCUGCAGAACUUCGUCAGCAUAUACUGCACAGAUAUGUAAAACAAGAGAUGCGUGAGUCAAUUUUAAAUUCACAGCAGGUUUAUGGACUUAAAUCUUCUUAUGUUGAAUUCAACAUAAAUAAUACAAAUAAUGUAGAUAAUUUACCAAUGCUCUGUGAUCUCCCCAAAGAAUGGUAUGUAAUUCAAAUCACUAGCCAGUACAAGUCUCCAAGUAUUUCUGAAUAUAACAAAACAUUAAAAUCCAAUGCAAGAUACAUCUACCAUAUUACAACAGGAACUGAGGAAUCAAAACCGAUAUGUAUAACAUUACCAAAACCUAAAUUAGAUUCUUCAUAUGAUAUCUGUUACGAAAUUCAGUUGCUUUCUAGUAAUAGAUCAGAACUUGAAGCUACUUAUACAAACAGUGAAUUGUAUUGGAAAAUGAGAGGGAGGCAAAACAUAAGUAUGAAGACUGCUAUACAAGCAUUAGAACAUUCAUGGUUACGAGAAUGGAGAGUUUUGUUUAUGGCAGAUCCGAUAGACAAACAGGAUUUAGUAAUGGACAUUUCACAAAUGAUUGAUAAACUUAUAUCUGGUUGUAGAAGAUUGAAAAAUAUGCCGGAAAGGUCUAGAUGGUUGUUAAAAAAAAUUGCACUAGCAGCAUGUUUUCUUACAAGGGAAGAAAUAGCCCGUGCGGUAAUGUAUGUGUUACCCGAUCAUGACAGACUUGCUAAGAAUAUUAUAUUGUCUAUAUAUGGACAAAUUAUCCUGUAUAGAAGAAUGAAAGAUGCAAUUAGAAAAACAUUAGUGUGAUUUAUUUUCUAGCACAUGGAUUAUAUACCAUUUGAAUCUAUGGAAAUUUUGAAAUGUCAUCCUGUUACUCGUUUUCCAUCACUGCAUAUUGCAUAUGCUUUAUUUAAAGAACAUGGUACAAUGGAAAAUGGCUGUAAGAUAAAAGUUAAAAAUGAUAUGGGUACCUGUAUAGUCAAUCCAUCAGGUAUGAUUAAAAUGGAAAACCGUAUGAGAUUGUUCAUUGAAUAUUGGUUACCACAAUGAAAAGCUGGUAUAACGUUGAAACCUCGAGAAGACGUUUUUGAAGAUGCAUUAAUUAAUCAUGAUAUAUAUAGGUAUAAUGGCCAUGGUAAUGGAAUGCAAUACUUACCAGGAGAACAAAUUGAACUCAGGGUGAAAUCAAUUGUUUUAUUAUUUGGCUGUAGUAGUGUAAAAUUACUUACAGUAGGAGGACGUUAUCCUCCGUAUGGCAUUUCAAAUCAAUACUUAAUAGCUAGUAGUCCGUGUGUACUCGGUAUGUUGUGGGAAGUUACAGAUGCGGAUAUCGAUAAAAUGACUACAAAUUUUAUUAGUAACUGGAUUCCAUCACCGCUAAAUAGGCCGUGGACUGAUGUAGAUAUCAAUAUGUGGUGUGCGGGUACUUUAAGUUAAAUUUUUAAAAAUACACCAAACAGCACACAAAACGUGCCUAUAGAACCUGAGAUGUUAAGGGCAGUAGCAAAAUCCAAAAAUGUCUGUUCUCAAUACAUGACUGCAGCUGCGAUAGUAGUACGAGGACUACCAGUAAAGUUAAUUUAAAUUGUAAAUAUAAAAACGAUAUGAACAUUAAUUAUAUAUAGUUGUAAAAAUGCUGAUAAAAACUUUUUUCUUUGUAAAAUGUUUCGUAGUUUUGAUCGCUGAUUACGUUCAACGCGUGCCCUAAGAAAUAGUAUUGUCUUUAGUCACAUGAUUAUUUGCGGCUCUGGCACGGAACUGGAAAUAUUCUUGUGAGGUAAACUUGACCUCCGUUAAUAUAUAAUUCGUCUUUAACAAUUACCUCUUCACCGAGUACCGUUUGUACCCUCCAUUCGUACCCAACGUCCUACAACGCUUCUCCUCCUACGAUGGCACCUAUCAUAGUAAUGUAUCAUAUAUAUAUUUGUUUAGAAACAUGUAUUAAUACUGACGUCGAAUAAGUAUUAUAUGUUCACAGAUUUUAAUACUAAAAUUUAUAGCCAUAAUAAAAUAAACAGAUGUCAUUGAAUCUUAAAUAAUUUAAA